UGAAAAAAUUUAAUUGAAAAAAAAUAAGUUAUUUAUAUUAGAUAUAUAUACAUGUAAAAUGACAAAGAUCAAUUUAAUUACUUUUGAAUAUAAAAAAUGUUUCUUCUUUAUAAUUUUAUUUGCAUUGGCAACUACAACGGAAACUGAAAUGAGAGCAAAAUUUGCAAAAGAUUAUUUUCAAAAAAAGAGUGUACGGCAAAUUGUUAGUUUUGGAUGUUUCGACAAAGAUGAAAAAGUGUCGUAUAUUCGAAAUCUUCAAUCAGAAGUUUCUUAUAUUCCAAUUGCCAAUAAGCUAAAUUUGAAAAAAAUUUUAAGAGUUGAUUACUACAAACUUGGAGUAUUUUUGGACAUGGAUUGUUCUAAUCAUGAUGUUAUUUUACAUGAGUUUACUCGUAAUAAACUUUUGUACAAUGAAUCGUAUUACUGGCUUUUGAUUACAAAAGAAGAAGCACCUAUAGUUCUUCUUGAAAAAUUAAAUUUGGCUGUAAAUACAGAAAUGACACUAGCUUUACAAAAAAUGGAAAAUUUCCAUCUCUAUGAUGUCUACAAUCCUAGUUUUCGUCAUGGUGGAAAAUUAAAUGUCACUUUUAUGGGUUCAUGGGAACCAAACGAUGGACUGAAAAUGGAAUUUGAUCAAUACAAAUAUGAACGUCGUAGAAAUUUAAAUGGUCUUCAAUUAAAUUUUUCAAUAUUUCUUAGUCAGGAACCAAAACCAGAUUUAAUGACCUAUCUAUCAGUUCCAGUAAAUACACAUUUAGAUUCAAUGCAUCGUUAUCAUUUUAAUUUAAUUCGUCAACUAAAAGACAUGUAUAAUUUCACAAUACAUUUAACUCAGGGCACGAAUUGGGGUUAUCUUGUGAAUGGUACAUAUACUGGAAUAAUGGGAGACAUGGCAAAGGGAAUAGUAGACAUUGGAGCCACUCCAUUUAUGUUUCUGAAAGAUCGAUUAGAUAUUUGUGAAUUUACUGUUCAAACCUAUAUAGCUAAAGGCGGAUUAAUGUUUCGUCAUCCAAAGAAAAAUGCUAUAAAGAACUCUUUUUUAAAACCAUUUGAAGAAAAAGUAUGGUGGUUAAUGAUUUUGACAAUGAUUUUAUUUUGGAUUUUAAUUAUUGUCACUGCAAAAGUGGAACAGAAAUAUAGUGAAGAUUUUAAAAUGAAGAAACCAUUAAUUACUUUAGAUAGUGCACUUGAUGUUAUGGGAUCGACUUGUUUACAGGAUUGCUUCGAGAUACCACGUUUUUAUUCAGGUCGCAUUGUUUACAUUACUUUAUUUGUUUGGGGUUUUUUAAUGUCUCAAUAUUAUUCCGCGUCCAUAGUGGGUUCUUUGCUAGCCGAACCUACAAAAUUCAUUAAUACAAUAGAGGAUCUUGCCAACAGUGAUUUAGAAGUUGGAGUCGAAGACGUUGGUUAUAUUCGUAAUUUUUUUGCAACGACCAAUGAUCCACAUGUUAUCAAAUUAUAUAACAAAAAAAUAGCACCAAACGAAAAACGAAAGACAGCCAAUUAUUUGAAAGCUCACGAGGGUCUUCGAAGAGUUAAACAUGGCGGAUUUGCUUUUCAAAUAGAAUCAGGAACUGCAUAUAAAAUAAUAGACGACACAUUCACGGAAGAAGAAAUAUGUGAAUUGGUGGUAAUUCUGAUGGUACCAACGGAACAUCUUGCAACUGCAACUGCAAAAAAUUCGCCUUUCAAAAAAAUGGUUACUUAUGGACUGAGGCAAAUAGUUGAACAUGGAAAUUCAGAAAAAUUGAAACGCAUCUGGCAAUAUAAAAAACCAACAUGUCCAGAAAGUUUUAGUUCUAAUCCAACACCAGUGGUUUUAGCAGACUUUUUUCCAUUGAUAUUUUUAAUAUCUACUGGCUCAGCUCUUUCCGUGUUUCUCAUGUUACUUGAAAAUUUGAUUAGAAAAAAAUUGUUUUAAUAUAUAAUAGACACGAUUUAUUGAAAAAUAGGAGAAAAAUGUUUAACUCUUAAAAUCAAAUAAAUAAUGUAAAAAUUAUAA